GGAGGGAGCAUCAUGACUUGGGGCUGUUUUGCAGCCUCAGGGCUGGACCAAUUACUACACAACACAGAAAGCUCAGUGAGGUAAAAAAGAAUUCAGGAGUAACAAGUUAAGACUUGAAGGAGCCAUUGGAACUAAUUAAUAUCUCUAGUCAUGAGUCUGCCACACAAGCAAAAUUGAAAAGGUGUAGUGUCCUUGGCAGGACGACGGUUUAAGAGAGGAAAAGUUUAAUUUUCUGUCAUUACGUUCAGAGCCACAGUGUUUUUUUCUCCUCGUAUACUCACACAGACUCGACACAAGCCUCUCCCACUGUUGAAAAUAAAAACAGAAAAGUUUCAGAUGAACUAUUUCCUCGGUGCUAUAAAUACAGGACGCAGCGCACAUCUGCACAUCAGAGCGAGGCGUGGUCAGUCAGCUAACAGGUGGACCAGUCCGUGCAGUUGCAGUCACACUUCAUCCGCAGGAUAACUACCGUGUUUUCUCUCCGGUAACACAAACAGCUGCAACAAGAUGCCAAAGUGUCCAAAGUGCGAAAAGGAUGUUUACUUCGCUGAGAAGGUGACAUCACUGGGCAAGGACUGGCACAGGCCCUGUCUGAAGUGUGAGAAGUGCAAGAAGACGCUGACGUCAGGCGCACAUGCAGAGCAUGAGGGCAAGCCAUACUGUCACCAUCCUUGCUACAGUGCUUUGUUUGGACCUGGAGGAUGUGGACGUGGUGGAACCGAGAGCUACAAAUAUUGAUAGACAGGUUCAAUGUUGCCUGGAAACUAAAUGAAGAAGCCAGCAUGCUUACGACUCCCAGUAAAACCAGCAAACAAACUGGGUUGUCAUUAAGAAGAAUCAUUCUGUGUGUGCUUUUGAUCUCUGGUUUCUGGAGAUGAUUGUGUAUUCCAAUGAUAUAGUAAUAAAGGCGUUGUCCUCUACUCUCUUCCUGUUCUCAAGGUGGACAUUCUGAUAAAACACAUUCAAUUUGUGUAAUUUUUUGGGGGGGAUUUUUAUUUUCUCUGCAGUCUCUGCAUGAAAUACCCUUCAAUAACAGCAACUUCUUUGCCAUUGCCGAUGUUCCAGUCACUUUUGUUAUCGAAUCUGUUUCCUUUCCACUGCAUUUGAUAAAAUAUGGGUCUUUCGCCUAAAA